CGGCUACACGCGACUUCGUGUGUGGCGGCGCUCUUCGCUCGCGACCGCUCCGCCGGCCGCCGACCCUACGCGCAUCCAUGCGAGGUUUCCUAGCCUCCUCCGCUCUCCUCCGGAGAUCCGCCUCCCGUGCCACCCUCUCCGGCGCGGGCUGCUGUAAUGGCGCGACGUCCGUCUCCUCUCCUCCCGGCCGCUUUCCGCUUCAGAAUUGGAGAAAUGGCAGAUAUUGUUGGUUUUUAUCAAAAAGUUGUUCCAUGUCAACCACAGUUGAUAUGCAGUUAGACUUUGAGACCGAUCCCCCACUUGAUAGUGUAAAAGUUCUUGAGAAAGAGUCGACACUGAAUGUCGCUGUCUCUCAACUUGCAAGUGAUUUUGAUAGAGAAUCUAAUUUAAGUUUGGGGCGGUUCUCCCGUACAAGGCGCAUACCUGUCAUUUCUACUGGUUCUCUUAAGCUUGACAUUGCUCUCGGCAUUGGUGGAUUACCAAAGGGUAGAAUGGUUGAAUUAUUCGGAAAAGAGGCCUCUGGGAAGACAACACUUGCCCUUCAUGUUGUCAAGGAAGCCCAAAAGAAAGGAGGCUGUUGUGCUUAUAUUGAUGCAGAAAAUGCUUUUAACCCUUGUGUUGCCGAAGCCAUUGGUGUAAAUGUUGAAAAGCUCCUGAUAGCCCAACCUGACUCUGCUGAAAAUUCUUUAAGCAUAGUGAACACUCUUGUUGGUGGAUCAAUUGAUGUUGUUGUUGUUGAUAGUGUGGCAGCACUUAUUCCCAAAUGUGAACUUGAAGGUGAAAUAUACAGGAAUUCUGAAGAUGUGCAGUCCCGUUUGAUGACUCGGGCACUUCGCAAAAUUCAACAUACACUAGGUCGCUCUGAAACAAUAAUUAUCUUUGUUAAUCAGGUCAGAACAAAGUUGAGCUCGAAUCAGACUCCUGGAAUCUUCAAGGAGGUGGCUUGUGGCGGCAACGCAUUAGGAUUCUAUGCUGCAGUCAGAAUGAGGACGUCAAGAAGGGAAUUGCGCUACAAUGAAGCCCAGGCUACUGGCAUUGGUAUAUCAGUGCAGAUAAUCAAGAACAAAUUAGCUCCAGCAAUUCUGAAGGAAGCUAGCAUUGACAUCAGAUUUGGGAAGGGGAUCUGCUACGAAUCAGAAAUUCUGGAGCUGGCUUCUUCCCUUGGGGUUAUUGUGAAGGAUGAUUGUGGGUAUUGGAUCAAUGGUGAGUACCUUGCAGAUAAGAAAGAAGCUGAGAAAUUCCUACGUGAAAAUGCUGCGGUGGCAGAUGAAAUCUGUGAUACCACGAGGAGCCAAUUCUUCGAAAGGUGACAACCCGAAGGAUUUAUUCUGUUCAUCUUGUCUACUAGCAAGCAGAUGUGGAAAUCAGAAGGAAAUUACUUUGUACAGUUGGGGCAUCAUUGAAGAGUCUAAAAAUAUCAUUUAUUACUUGACAUGCAGUUGAGGGAUCUACAACCGAUCAGAGAGGUUAAUAUUUUCUUGGCCUUGUAAUCUUGAUCCAAUGAUCCCAUUAUCAGGCAAAGAGCUAACUACUGUUAUGCCAUGAGGUAUGGAUGACUGCCCUAUGAACCUGUUGUUUAGUAACACUAUAGCUGGUGUAUGUAUUAAUAGGAUAUUCUUUCAGCAGCGCGAUUCGUGUUUCUUAUUGUAAUUUGACUAAAUUUAAGCACAUCGAGGGCCAUUCCCUCGAAUAUGAAUAUGGACACUUGGUACAACAGUUAA